GAAAUACUGAGACAGUAAUGUUUACAAAGAUUUAUGUUCUUCUGCAUGUUGUUUUCAAUAAAUAGUUUAAAAAUUUUAUUGCCAGAAGUGUGCAUGAUUAGUACGCCAUCUAUCGGUGAUAGUACAUAUCCUGUAGCAUAGCACAAUUGUACAUUAUUGUUUGUAUUAUAAACGAUUGUGUAGUGAGGUUAAGUAUUACUGUCAAUCACUUUGUAAUUGAAUAACAUAAUAUUUAAACUUGUUGUAUACUAAUAAAGAGUAAGAUGUUUAAUUGUUGCUAAUAUUGAAUUUAAUUUGUGGAAACCAUUUGCUGUCUAAAAAGGGGAAGUCUUAAGUGCGAUUCAGAAUGGUUUGCGAGAAGUGUGAGAAAAAAUUAGGAAAAGUCAUAACUCCAGAUCCAUGGAAAAGUGGUGCGAGGAACACUGUAGAGAGUGGAGGACGUAAAGUUGGAGAAAAUAAAGCAUUAUCUGCAGGAAAAGCAAGGUUUAAUCCAUAUACUGCUACGUUUGAGACUUGCAGAAUAUGCAGACAAAAAGUACAUCAAGUUGGAUCACAUUAUUGCCAAUCAUGUGCAUAUAAGAAAGCUAUAUGUGCAAUGUGUGGUAAAAAAUUAAUGAGUACAAAGAAUUAUAAACAGUCUGCCACCUAAUGUAUUAUAAAGACAUAUUUAUGUUUCAAUGCAUAAUAAGAUAAUGAUUAUAUUGUUAUUGAAAACAUGUAAGCAGACAUUUGUCUUAUAUAAUUUCAUAGGAAAGAAUAUAUUUUUUUCAAAUUAUAGACUGUAAAUACGAAAUAUACAGUGACAUUUUAUAAGAAUAUACUGGAAUGCUAGAUGAAAGCUAUUAUAGCUUUUGUACAAACUAAAAAUGUGAUGUUCUAUUAAGUCUAAAUUUAGUAAUAUUUCAUACAAUCUGAUUUACUUGGACUGUAAAAGGCACAUCAAAUACAACUAUUCAUUAUCACUUAUCUUACUUAAAAUGUGUGAAUGUUUUUACGAUAUAUGUUGGAGUCAUAAAAUAUUUUUAGGUAUAUAUAAGAGCAUGUAACAAACAGCACCAUUAAGUUAGGAGAUGAAUUGAUUUUUAAAUCUUAAAUGUAUAUUUUGAUGUAUAUGAACCUGACAAAUGUAUUAUACCUAUUGAUUAUUUUGUAAUAAAUU